AUGGCUUCGUUUACCGGCUUCGAUCUCAACCCUCUACAAGCGCCCGCCUUUGUCGAGUUGCAAGAUGCUUGGAACUUCAUGUUGACUACCUUGAGGGAGGAUAAGCCCAUCGUCGUCGCAACCGAUUUUUUCGAGGACAAUGACCUCAUGUCCCUCGUGGUGAAACUACGCGACCUCCAUGGCAUGAAGAUCAAUGUCAGCCCCUUUCCGCAGCAGCGAGAGAUUGCCAAUUUUAGACGGGCCAACUCGACGUCUGCCGUGGCUGAUCCUGUGUACAAGUGCACCAUUAUCCACUGCACCAAGGAGACCAUGAUGAACGUCCUGCGGAUAAUCAACGACAACGCCCACACGAUCAAGAAGGAGAAUUAUGACUAG